CUCGUCAAAAUAUACACACUAAUUAUCAAAUAUGGAUGAAGAAUACGAUGUUAUUGUUCUCGGCACCGGCCUCAAAGAAUGCAUUCUCAGCGGCCUUCUCUCCGUCGACGGCCUCAAAGUACUACACAUGGAUAAAAACGACUAUUAUGGAGGAGAGUCAAGCUCACUUAAUUUAAUUCAGCUUUGGAAACGAUUUAGGGGAAAUGACCAGCCACCAGAAGAGUUAGGUACGAGCAAGGAAUACAAUGUUGACAUGAUUCCAAAGUUUGCAAUGGCAAAUGGAACUCUGGUCCGUGUGCUUAUCCACACCGAUGUUACCAAGUACUUGAACUUCAAGGCUGUAGAUGGUAGUUUUGUGUACAAUAAAGGGAAGAUCUACAAAGUUCCAGCAACAGAUGUCGAAGCUCUGAAAUCCCCGUUGAUGGGGCUCUUUGAAAAGCGCCGAGCUCGGAAGUUUUUUCUUUAUGUUCAAGAUUUUGAAGAGACUGAUCCGAAAACUCAUGAAGGGAUGGAUUUGAACAAAAUCACUGCAAAAGAAUUCAUUGCGAAAUAUGAACUUGAAGAUGAUACCAUUGACUUUAUUGGACAUGCCUUGGCACUCUGUACAGAUGAUAACUAUUUGGCCCAACCAGCUAUGGAUUUCAUAAAGAGAGUAAAGCUUUAUGCAGAGUCUUUAGCACGCUUUCAAGCAGGAUCCCCCUAUAUUUAUCCAUUGUACGGACUGGGUGAAUUACCGCAGGCGUUUGCACGUCUGAGUGCAGUUUAUGGUGGAACUUACAUGCUUAACAAGCCACAGUGUAAGGUGGAGUUUGAUGAAGGUGGAAAAGUUGUUGGUGUGACUUCUGAAGGAGAAACUGCCAAAUGCAAGAAAGUUGUUUGUGAUCCCUCAUAUUUACCUGAUAAGGUCCAGAAGGUUGGAAAAGUUGCCCGUGCAAUUUGUAUAAUGAGCCAUCCCAUCCCUAACACCAAUGAUUCUCAUUCAGCCCAGGUCAUUCUACCACAGAAGCAACUUGGUCGCAAAUCAGACAUGUACCUGUUCUGUUGCUCCUACUCCCACAAUGUCGCUCCAAAAGGGAAAUAUAUUGCCUUUGUCUCAACAGAAGCUGAAACCGAUGACCCCGAGAGCGAACUGAAGCCUGGCGUAGACAUACUUGGGGCUGUCGAUGAGAUAUUUUAUGAAACUUAUGACAGAUUCGUACCUUCACAUGAUUCUGCUGCUGAUAAUUGUUUCAUAUCUAAAAGCUAUGAUUCAACAACACACUUUGAGUCCACGGUGAUGGAUGUGCUAGACAUGUACAGCAAGAUAACGGGAAAGGUGAUUGACUUGUCAGUGGACCUGAGUGCUGCAAGUGCUACUGCUGAAGAAUAAGCUUAUUGUAUCCACUUCAUAUG